AUGUUCACAGGGUGUGGAGUGGUCAGUGGCCAGAACCAGUACCUGAUCAGAGACGCUAUCAGGCCCCAUCCCGGACUGGAGGUGACCAGAGUGAUCCAAAUGGAGAAUGGGGUUACGCCAGGGACCUGCUCGUUUUAUCAGGAUCAAACUUACAGCAAUGCUGGCCAGCCAGCAGUGGUCAAUAGUGUUUCCAGCCCGCUGAAGCCAGCACCACUACCUGUCCCUCCCCCUGCACUCAAACUAGGGCAGGAAGGGUUUAAGAAAGUCUGCAGAACUGAGGAGGACAGCCCCUGUCCCUUUCCAGGACUGGCCUCUGGAGUGCUGGAAAUGCGCGUGAAGGAGGGAAGUAAGAUCCGCAACUUAAUGGGAUUUGCCAUGGCACGGAUGCAGGGAGAGAAGGGUGUAAGUGGGGGAGGUGUGAGUGACGGUGGGCUCAGGCAGGUGGUCUUCACCGGGUCAGGCCGUGCGGUCACAAAGACCAUUACUUGUGCUGAGAUCAUGAAACGAAAAGUGGGCUCUCUGCACCAGCUGACCAAACUGCGGUACAAGGUGGUGAAAGAGGUGUGGGAGAGUAGCGAAGGGGGGGCAUCCGAGAUGACGGUGCACAGGACGGUGCCCUCCAUCAGCAUCCUUCUUUCCAAAGACCAACUGGAUUCCCAGGAACCGGGCUAUCAGCCUCCAGAGACUCUUAGUGCAUUGUGGGAAGAGAAAGAGGGUGUCGAAUCUGCCUCGCAGACAGCAUGCAAGAGACCUCUUGGACCUUUGCCAUACAGCAGUUUCCCCCACUCAGAUGAGAGUGAGGUCUCUGGGAUGGUGUGGGAGUUCGCUAUCUCCCAGCCUCCAGAUGGCUCCGUCUUCUCUUAUCUAGAAGAAUGGGUGCUGCCUCAAUUUUUCAACUCGCCUUAUCUGGGGAUCCUUUAA